UUUUAUUUAUUUCAUUUUUUUUCCUUAUGCAAUCCGUCCUUGUUUACAUUCUAGCAACAUCUUCCCGCUCAUCGCUGUGACGUCGCGCUUGCGUACGGAAGCCUCCACGGCCAAACCGAGCACAAGCUCUCGCGUUUUCGUUUGGAAAGGCUUGCGCACUUCCAGCCUUGUUUUCAUCGGGAUAAGAGUCCGGCGGGGAACGGGUUAAGGAGCGGGGGUCCACGAUUCCUCCUCUCCACAUCGCCAUGAUGAACAAAUGAACUCACGGGGAAUGAAAUUUAAAUUCUGCAAAGGAGAAAAAGUCCUCUGCUUCGAACCCGACCCGUCAAAGGCCAAAGUGCUGUACGACGCAAAGGUCGUCGACAUUCUCAUAGGAAAAGAUGAGAAGGGCAAGCGUGUCCCAAAGUAUCUGAUUCACUUCAAUGGUUGGAACCGGAGUUGGGAUCGCUGGGCUGCAGAGGAUCAUGUACUCAGAGAUUCGGAAGAAAAUCGCAAAUUACAACGUAAACUGGCACGCAAAGCUUUGGCUCGCAUGAGGAGGAAGGGAUGGAGGAAGCGACGCUGUCGUUUGCCGGGUGUUAACUCUGUGCUAAAAGGCUCACCUGACGAGGAGAAGGAGGAGAGCGAUGACGCUUCUUUGAUCUCGUCAUCUGACGACAGUGACGAGGACGAUUCCGACCCCGAGUCUAUAAAAAGUGAGAGCGAGUCAUCUGAGGAUCUGGAGGAGAUGAGGGAAGAGCAAGAGACACACACAAGGAGGGAGAGCGAGGACAAGACCAUCACUAUAAAUAUAGACAUCCCUGAAGUCCUCAAGAAAAAGCUGGAGGAGGACUGCUAUUACGUCAACAAAAGAAAGAAGCUGGUGAAGCUCCCAUGCCAGAUGAACAUCGUAAACAUUCUGGAGUCCUAUGUGAAGCACUUCACUAUAAACGCUGCUUUUUCUGCCAAUGAGCGCUAUCGGCAUCCUCAGAGCUCAACACAGUCCAACUUGAACCCACACUAUGUACCACCAGAGAAGAAUGAGGAGCUCUGUAAGGAGAUGGUGGAUGGCUUGCGGAUCACCUUUGACUUCACCUUACCCAUAAUCCUCCUGUAUCCCAAUGAGCAGGCUCAAUUCAAGAAGGUCAUCUCAUCCAAAUUCUUCCCGCCGAUCAAUGAUGGGGCAGGAUGCUCUACUAGGUCUCUUCGGGAGCGCUCUCCAAGCCCGGGUCUGAAUCCUUCCACUCCGCAGUCCACGGACAGCCAGCCACCUCUGAGUGAGACCUCCACUGCUCCCGUCACUGCGGCGACCACACCCAAACGCCGCCGCUGCACAAAUCCUGACUCGGACGCCACACAGUCUCUUAGACGCUCCACCCGCAACACUUCGGGAGGGGACAGGAACACUGAGGGCAGUGGUGGAGGAGGAGGGGGCAGCAGCAGCAGUGCCUCACCCCAGCCCAAACGCAGACUCUCUGAAGCACCAACACCUUUGCCCAAAUUCUUCCUCAAUCUGGAAAAGAGAACACCUGUCCACAGUGGCUCCUCGUCUCCACUGCCCCUCACACCGAGCAAGGACGGCAGUGGUAUCUUCUCUGGUCUGGAGAGCCGACGCAACAAUGAACUAAACGAAGUCCUGAGUUGGAGACUAACGCCUGAUAACUACCCUCUGAGCGAUCAGCCUCCACCGCCAUCAUACCUGUACGGCUCUCAGCAUCUCCUACGGCUCUUCGUGAAGCUUCCUGAGAUCCUUGGCAAGAUGCACAUGCCUGAGAAGAAUCUGAGGGCCUUGGUAAAACACCUGGAGCUUUUUCUCAGGUUUUUAGCCGAGUUUCACGAAGACUUCUUUCCUGAGUCUGCAUACGUGUCGGCCACCGAAGCCCAUUACUGCAUGAAGCAGCCGCGGCCAGUCUGCUGAUAGACCGCUCCUGUGGAGGGCCCCCUUCUGUUUUGCAUCUGUGUCGUCUGCACUGCCACUGACUGCCGAACGCUGUCAUUCUUCUUUUUUGACUUUGCAAAGCUUCUCAAGCCGCCUGGAGUCUGACCAACUCGCAUUGUUCACUUUCUCCAGAUGGCAGGACGACAUUCUUUUGCUUUUUGUCUUUUUUUUUUUUUUUUUUUUUCUUUAAGAUUUAUUUGUAUUUUUUUGCUUGAAGCUUUUUGGACAUUGUGGCUUAAGAAAGGACAUCCCUUUCUUAUUUUUCAGCUUGCUUUUGAGGCCAGAGGGAGGCCGCAGUUUCUUCAGCAAUUUCUCAUUUUGCCCUGUCUCUUAAUGCUCAGCAACUGUUUUCUCCCCAGCACUAUAGUGUUCUUGCUUUGGCUCCUCCUUUUGCUUAGGCAAGCGACAGAAGCGGCAAGAAAGACUUAUUUCGGAGGUCCUUAUGUGUGAACUAAAGAGAUCUUGGUACCAUUAGUUCUUUCUGCUGAUUCCUGCAAGCUAGAUGUUUUGUUUUUUUCUGUUGUAGAUCAUUGUCUGUUAUCAAGUGUUAAUUUUUUAGAUGCCCUCUGUGCCAUAGCUGUUACAUUUUGAAGGAUGUUCAGUUUUUUUCCAUAAUUAAUGGGGAAUCCAACAGUUUUUAUAUUAAAAAAAAAUUAGCAUAAAUAAAUUGCUGAGAUGCAAAGUCAUUCAGAGUGAUUUCAUGUGGGAUGGUGCAUUUUAGAGAAAGCUAGUGACUUUCAUUUCUUUAAUGACAUUGAUAUGAAUCUGAGAUUGCCAAAUAUAGCCCUAUAUUUUAUUUACUAGACAAAAGAGCCAGUGAACCUACUCAUGUCUGAGCUUUUAUAUGUAAUGUCAUUGAUGAUAAUAUUGUGGUAAAACUGAAAAUGUACGUUUUCUUUGGGAUAUAUUUUGUCGUAUGAUGCCUUCUGUGUACCUCCCCACCAUCAACAGCUUUUCAAAAAAAGCAUUUUAAGCUAAACCUUUAUAUUCUCAGACAUCUGGCAGCAUAUCCAUGACCACUUUAUUAAAUAACCUUCUGUGGAGUGUCCCCUGAAGGCGUUAAGAUGUCCUAUCACCACCACUGUGAACAGUUUGUCUAGAACGCAGCAUUUCGCCUAAACCACUCUUAAUGACUUUGUUUCCAUCUUGAUGCAGGAAUUUUGAAAAUUCUGCUUUUGUAAUUGUCCUUUAACCAUAGUAAAAUUACUGAUAUAGGAGCAGGCCCUCCGUCCUUGUAAUUUAUGUGAAAGUAAGAUGUACAAAAUCUGAAAUUUACUCAGCAUUUGUGAUCUAAAGUAGGGUAAUUAUAUUGCUACAUGUUGCAAUUGCAGUAUGCCUUGCAGUGUAUUAAAAUGCAUUGAUAUAACAGUAAUGUGACAUGAUUAAAGACUGGCCUGCAUUAUUUUGACCAAAAUAAUUUCAUUUUGUUGGAACACUUUAAUGCGUUGAUUCAUCAAAAGACUUGGAAACGCUCUGGAACUGAGAUACAGCACACGGUAAAUGGUGAUUGGUUUCAUGGCUUAUUUGCAUAUUGCGGCCUUCUGUUAUAACAGUAUUACAGAAGCCAAUAUUGCAAUAAUGAUUACCAAACGAUGUUUUACGCAGCCCUGCUCUGAAAGCCCUCAACAGUAUUCUUCAAGGCUCUUAGAAUAACAACACUAAACUAGGGUUCUCUUGUUCCUGGUCUGUGGUCAUACUCCUGGUCAUAUUCGUAAACAAAAAUGAACUCUGCUAGAACCUGAAUAACUAUAAAAUACCUGAAUAGAAUCUGUGUAUAACAGACUUCACUAAACCCAAAUUGUUUCACAUUUUUCAAGUUUUAACUGCUGGGAAAAUGUGCUUUCAAGUUAUUUUAUGUUACCAUUAAAAAGAUGAAGUAUAGCCCAUAUAACAUGUAUGGAAUGGUCCCUCGGUUUAUCCUCAGAUGCUGUUAGGCCUGCAUGUCUGAGUUCUACAAUGCAGUGACAUUGGCAAGACAUAAUCUUAAUGAAAUCUCCUGAUCUUGUGGCUGGCCUCAAAUGUGUAAUAUGUAAAAGUUGCAGACGUGAUUCAACAAGUAGGUUUAAUUCAAAACAUAAAAUUCUGGUUUUCCUGAAAUGCACAAAAUCUGGUAUUCUUUCAGCUGUCUUGUUCUGAAGUAGGGUGAUUAUGCCGCUGUAUGUUGCGAAUGCAGUAUGCCUUGCAGUGUAUUUAAAAAUAAGUUAGCAAUGUGACAUUAAAGACUGGCCUGCAACCUUUUUUGGCCUGAAAUU